CUCUCUUUUAUCAAUGCUCCUUUACCUCUUACCCUUAAUACAAAACAAAUUCUCUCUCUCUCUCUCUUUCUUUCUUUAUUUCUUCCUUCUUCUUCUUCCCUUCCUUCCUUUUCUCUGUUUGUAAAAUUUUCUGAAAUUCUCAGACCUGGUGCAGAAAGUUUUGUGUCUCGGAUCCCUAUAUACUCUUCUCUCUCUUUCUUCUUCAUUUCACACCAUUAACGAGAAAACUGACUCUUCUCUAUCAACAUAUUCAUUCAAAACUAAAUCCCAACAAACCCUUUUUUUUUUCUUCUUCUUCUUCUUCUUCUUCUUCUUCAAUCACCAAUUUCACUAUUUGGGCUCACUCAUUUCUUCUUUUUUCCUUCUUUACUUUCUAAUUUACCUUUUUCUACACAACCCCUUUUUGCUUUUUUCUGCUAAUUUUAACUUGGGUUUUUCGAGGGGUUCAUUUGAAAUGCAAGAACCUGGGUUGGGAAUGAUGACUGCUGCAGGUGGGUCUAGUGGUGGCUUAAGCGGCGACGUUUCGGUUUCCGGCGAGGGAGUUCAUAACAGUCAACUGAAAGCGGAGAUUGCUACUCAUCCACUUUAUGAGCAGCUUCUUUCAGCUCAUGUUGCUUGUCUUCGUGUUGCUACUCCGAUUGAUCAGCUUCCGAUGAUCGAUGCCCAGCUUUCUCAAUCCCACCAUAUUUUGCGCUCUUAUGCUUCUUCUCAACAGCAUCACCAAAAUGCUCAUUCCUUAACGCCUCACGAGCGACAAGAGCUUGACAAUUUUCUGGCACAGUAUAUGAUCGUUUUGUGUUCUUUCAAAGAGCAGCUUCAACAACAUGUGAGAGUCCACGCAGUUGAAGCUGUUAUGGCUUGCCGUGAAAUUGAAAACACUCUACAAGCUCUUACAGGAGUAAGCCUUGGUGAAGGAACCGGUGCAACAAUGUCGGACGACGAAGACGACAUUCCGAUGGACUUUUCGCUCGAUCAAUCUGGAGCCGACGCACACGACAUGAUGGGAUUCGGACCACUGCUACCAACUGAAUCCGAAAGGUCGCUGAUGGAGAGGGUCCGCCAAGAACUGAAGAUUGAGCUGAAACAGGGUUUCAAGUCAAGAAUUGAAGAUGUGAGAGAGGAAAUAUUGAGAAAGAGAAGGGCAGGGAAGUUACCUGGGGAUACAACAACAGUUUUGAAAAACUGGUGGCAGCAACAUUCUAAAUGGCCAUACCCAACUGAAGACGAUAAGGCUAAGCUAGUGGAGGAGACAGGUUUGCAGCUGAAACAAAUAAACAAUUGGUUCAUCAACCAAAGGAAGAGAAACUGGCACAGCAACUCUCAGUCAGUGACAUCUUUGAAGUCCAAGCGCAAGAGAUAAAAAGAAGAGACAGAAAAUUUUUCAUCCAAUUAUAAUAUGAAAUAUGUUGUAGCUUUUGGUAAAAGGUUAUGCUGACAGAGAGAGUAACAAAAACAUGAGAUUAAGCUUACUGUAAAAUGAGGUUAGAGAAUUAAGGAUAUUGUGACAGAGAUUUGAUUAACAUGUCUUUUCUUUAAGGUUGUAAAUUGUUGGCUUUCUUUAAUACAUCAAAUUCUACAUUUCUUGCCUUUCA